AUGAUCAUGCCAUAUUCAAAGCCCCAAGAAUGUGGAGUUUGUAAGCGAGUCUUCAUAGCACCACAACACCUAAUGGCACACAUCGAAGCUUUUCACUCCAGUCGCCAUUUUCCCACCUUCGCUUCCCCAGCCGCCGCUUCACCCGCCAGCACCUUCCACCACUUCCCGAACCAGCUCAUGAACCGGAACCGGAACCCUAAUCCUCCUACUUUUCAGGCGAGGACUCAUUUGGAUUACUACCGUAGGGGUUAUUUAGAUGAUCAAGGGAACUUUCAUAAAGGGUUUCCGCCGGCACCGGCUAUGACUCCGGAGCGGAAAUAUAAGUUUUUGCUGCCGAAGCCUAAGAUAUCGAAGACGGCGCCGAAGCUGAUGGAUCUUUUUCCGGAGGAGACGUCAUUGGAAUGCAUCCGUACGCUGCCGCUUAUUUGCCAGCUGGAGCGACGGAGACCGGAGGAAACUGUGACGGAGAACGGUGGAGUCAACUCGAGUUACAUCGACUUGUCAUUAAGGCUAUGAUGACUCUUAAUUUGGUAGUAGACUUGUCCGGUUAAAUUAAUAAACAAGAAAAAUAUGAUUCUCGAUUGGAGAAAAUUAGGACUUUAUGAUAAGUGUUAU